AUGACCAGCAUUGUGGACAGUGCUGCCCAUUUCAGGAAGAGAGCACUGGAAGUCGGGCUGACGGCGCCUCAUGUUGACUCGUUGGUGAACUCAGGCGUGGCCAGUUUGGGCGCCUUCGCUUACAGUUUUGGGCAGCCUGGGCAAGCCAUCAACGACAAUGAAUUUUCCGACUGGGUCCGUGCAAAUAUUGAUGUAGGGGCCAACAUCGGAUGUGUGUCUAGUGCAAAGAGGCUUCUCUUCGAAGCUCAGACAAUUUUGCUGGCAUCUCUUAAGGAGUUAGUUACAUCGCCAGACGCGUCGAGUUCGAGGAAGCUUCCGGUUGCAGAACGAGAAGCAAAGAUGCAGGCGUUGAAGCAGAAAUUAUCCGGGGUGUUGGUGUCCGGCACCAUGGACCCUGGUCACACGCUCUUGGAUAGCGUGACGCAGAUGUAUGAGGCAAAUCAGCUGAAGUAUGUUGCACCGGAGAAGUGCGUGAGCAGAACACAUGAGCUUACCCAUGCCAAGCAGCCGACUAAGGUAGUUGAGUUGGAAGCAGAACGGCUUGUGGUGAAGGAGCAAGACAGCGUGCCAGAUGCUCAAGCUGGCAGCGGGUUGUUGCUGCUAGAGGCGCUCAAGCGUCGUGGGUUGGCCUUGGUUUUUGCAGACUGCAUCACGCAUAGCACUCACGAGAAGUACCUCCAGCAAUUGUUCGCCCACCUACACCGAGAUCCCCCUCCAGGUUAUAGCAAAUGUACGUUGCAACAACUGGUGGCGCCAGACAAGGCGGUUUGGACGAAGCUCAUUGAAGAUUGCGUGAAGCCGCGCCGCAACGAAGCCGGCGUGCUGGAGUUGGACACAGCUUUGGCCCACGCCUUGGAAUCCUAUGAAGUCAGCUUUCUGUUGCUACCCAUGGCCAAACAAAAGGAGUUGCCAAAGCGGCCUGAGAAGCGUCAGACCGCGCCCAAAGAGGCAGCUUCCGGGAAAGGCAAGGGAUCACGAUUCCAGCCUUAUGGCAAGGGCAAGGGAUCCGCUGGUAAGAAAGGCAAAAGCAUGGAGAUUCGCGUUCCCAAGGACAUCCGCGACGCCGGUGGGGUCGCAUUUUUGCCUACAGGUGAAGCCAUCUGUUUCAACUACAAUUUGAACGGUUGCGACCAAGCAGCAGAUGGAGCGUCGUGCAGUCGAGGUUUGCACGUUUGUGCCAAGUGCUUCAAGGCGCACGGUUUGGCGAAACACGGCAACUGA